UUCAAAAGUCAUAGUCUAGUUUCCCUCCCGCCUCAAUCACGCCACGUUUGACUUUAUCUGCUGGGCCGAGCUUCGAGGGGAAAAGAACAAGAAAAAGAAAAAGAAAAAAAAGUUGUCCAUCUUCCGUCUUCCGUCUUCCAUCUGGGGAUCCACUCGGAGCGGCUCGGCAUGCCGGACUGAGCGGCAUGGCUUCGGCCGUGUUCGAGGGCACGUCGCUGGUCAACAUGUUCGUGCGGGACUGCUGGGUGAACGGCGUCCGGAGGCUGCUCAUCAGCCCGCGGGGCGACGAGGAGGACUUCUUCGAGAUUCGCACCGAGUGGUCGGACCGGAACGUGCUCUACUUGCACCGCAGCUACUCGGACCUGGGCCGACUGUUUCGGCGCCUCAACGACUCGUUCCCCGAGGACACCGGAGACCUGUCCGCCUCGCCCCUCACCGAAGGCCUGGUGAAAAUCAAAGAAGCAAAUGACAUUGAGGAGAAGCUAAACGAGGUGGAAAGGCUGCUGAAAAAUGCAAUCAACAUGCCGUGCAAGUAUUCCAGGUCCGAGGUAAUGCUGACUUUCUUUGAGCGCUCGCCGCUGGACCAGGUGCUCCGGAACGAUAAGGUGCACAGAAUCCAGCCCUGCUUCCAAAAUCCGAUCAAAAUAUCGGAGAUCAUGCGCUCGAACGGCUUCUGUCUGGCCAAUACGGAAACCAUCGUGUUUGAUCAAAAGCUGCCGGACGAGAAGGAGAGACCCCCUUCCACAGACUCUGUGGAGCACACGUACGAGGACGGACUUGAGUUCUUGCCUAUGGAGGGGGACGCGUGCGACGGGGAACCGGAAGCGUAUGUCACCAACUUGUCCUACUAUCACCUUGUCCCGUUUGAGACUGAUAUCCUGGAAUGAGAUGAACGCGUCUUUGACGGACACGCGAUGCUCGCCGUAGGAACUAUUGAGCCAUUGCAGGAACGGGAAAACCACCAGCAAGAUGGCACCUGAUUGACUUUUCCGGUGAUCCAUCCUGGAAGACAUCGUGGCCAAACGACACGUGCUUUCUGGCCACCUUAAAUUCGAAAUCAGCUGUUUAACACAGAUUAUGUAGUUCGUGUGGGAAUACAAUAAGUCGUUAGGAAGCUUUUUCUGCCAUCUUUGGUUACUGCGCUAUUUUGGUGCGCCUAAUACGAGCUCACAAGAGGAUUUGUGUGGCGGAUUUUGAAGCUUUGACUGCUUAAGCGAUGGAUUAUUUCUCAUGGAACUGGCAAAACCAAAUAUCCGUCCCGGUGUACCACCUGGAGCCCUUCGUGGGUCCUUUAAUGUUUCAUGUUAUGCAGCUGAAUUUGCACAUAAGGGUGAUAGCAGGCUUCUUGCUAGAAUGAUUUGUAAUCCUUGUAUUGACUUACAUGUAGCUAUUUUCUAUAGCGCUUGUUCAUUAGGGUAACGAGUGAGCUGGAGCCUAUCCCAGCUGACUUUGUGCGAGAAACGGGUUACACCCUGGUCCGGUCGACAAGCAAACAUGCACGCUCAGAUUUACACUCAAGCUCAAAUUCAUACAUAGAAACAAUCACCUAUUAGCAACUUAAUUAACCUAAAAUAACCUAAAGAAAAAAUCAAAUGUGGGAAGAAGCCAGAGGACCUGCAGAAGACUCAUACAAGCACAGGGAGAAUAUGCAAAUUCCACAGCUGAGAUUUGAACCCUGCACUGCCGAACUGUGAGGCUGAUGUGCUAAACCACUAGGCCGCCUUGCUACACAAGUGCAAUGUUGCGGGAAGAGCUGGGCUCAUGUGAUGCUCUGAAUCACCAAAUGCCGUGCCGUGUGAGGUCAGUGGGUUCAUUCUGAGUGCCUGAACGUGGGAGUCCACUGCAGGGGGGAACAAGUGUACUCAAAAUGGCCUCUCUUUAAACUUUUAGGCAAACAGCUUUCUUUUGUGUUCUAUGGGUCCCUCCCGCUUGAGGCUUGCACUUUUGCUUCCCUUUAGUGCCUUCAAUCAGCUAUCGACGGCAGACAAAACGGAAAAUUGUAAACUUGUGCUGUUUAUUUUUGUGUGUGUGUGCAAAUGAAUACGCUUUUGUCAUACGAAUCCUAAAAGCAGAAGACACCACGUGGCCUCACGGCAACCCACAUCCAGAACUGUGCCCCCCUGCAAAUGCCAAGGCAUUCAAGCCUCACAAAGCUGGCACAUCAGGCCUCAGCAUGGAUCUGUUUAGUAACACAGUCAUGACUGCCAUUCAGCCAGUGAGAAAAAGAAAGUACAGUUCGUUCUCACUGAGAAGUUUUUGCUCUCAAGAACCGGUUACCCUUCAUAAGAAAGUUAAUUGUAACUAUCCUGCUGUAUAUUGUACGGAAUACUGGUACACCAAUCAAAUUCAAUGAUGAAAACCAUGACAGAUAAUAGUGAAAUAUCAUGAAAGCUUUAAUUAUUACAUUUUAUUAUCUUAAUGUGAAUAACCAGAAAGAGUCUAAUGAGGACUAUAAUGACAGGAAUGUUUAUGUUGUGAAUCCUCUGUUAACUAUUCUGACAGUAUUAAAAUAUAUAUUUCAAACAUCUUAAAACCAAUAAAUAUUUUCAAUAAAAUGAU